UUUUUAAUGAGAUCUAUCUGUUACUCAUUCUCAACAAUAUUUGAUAAAAUUAUAAAAAGAUAGAUACCUGCAAAAAUAAUAUAUGAAGAUAAACAUGUAAGUCAUCAUCAAUUUAUAUUUAAGUGCUUAGCAUUUGAAGAUAUAAAUCCUAAAGCAAAAAUACAUGUAUUAGUCAUACCAAAAGAACAUUUAGAUAGAUUAUCAAAUGCAACAGAAUAGCAUAUUAAUCUUUUAGGAAAUCUGAUGUAUGCUGUAAAUAGAGUUGGGAGACAAUUACAAUUAGAAGGUUAUAGAGUUGUAAUAAAUGACGGAUAGAAAGGAGGUUAAACAGUAUUUCAUUUACACGCUCAUAUAUUGAGUGGAGAAAAUUUACCUGGUUUUGAAUGAAG